AAAACCGCCCAUGCAUUUAACUCUAAAACUGAUGAUGCUACACAGUUUUCAACUAGUCUGUAUGGUUGUUAUGGACUCUUGACUUUUGAGACCACCGUGCCUUUUACUGCUAUGACCAGACCAUUGAAUUGAGGCUUGAGCACUCAUAUCUACACUCUCUGCAGCUGCAAGCUCGCCCUCGGCUUCAGAACAACAUGCAUUUCCUCCCCAUUGCUUUCACCUUGCUCUUUUUCCUACGCACCCCAGCAAGUUCUGUCGCGAAGGACACCAUCUUGGCCGGCCAAGCACUUGCUGUCAACGACAAGCUCGUCUCCAAGAAUGGCAGGUACGCGCUUGGCUUCUUCAACACAAGCAGCAGCAAACCCUCCCAAGACACCACCAACUGGUACCUUGGCAUAUGGUUCAAUACAGUCCCCAAAUUUACCUCUGCAUGGGUCGCAAAUAGGGACAAACCAAUCAAAAACACCACCUCACCAGAGCUCACAAUCUCCCACGAUGGCAACCUUGUCAUCUUAAACCGGUCCACCAAGUCCAUAAUCUGGAGUACACAAGCAAACAACACAAGAAAUAGCACCAUUGCUAUGCUCUUGAGUAGUGGAAAUCUGAUCCUAACAGACUCUUGUAACUCAUCAGAGGUUCUGUGGCAGAGCUUUGAUCACCCCACAGAUACACUUUUCCCUGGUGCGAAGCUUGGAUGGAACAAGCUCACUGGUCUAACUUGUCGUCUAGUUUCUUGGAAGAACUUGAACGACCCAGCUACUGGUGUUUACUAUGAUGGCUUAGACCCGAGUGGUCUCAAUCAGUUAGUGCUUACACCAUUGAACUCCUCCAUACCAUAUUGGUCAACCGGUGUAUGGAAUGGCAAAUACUUUGCCUCACUUCCGGAGAUGACAGCAAGCAACCCAGUUUUCACCGCGACAUUUGUCAACAAUGACCAAGAGAAGUACAUGACACUUCAAGUAGUCAAUUCAUCUAUGGUUACUCGUAAUGUAAUUGAUGUCUCGGGUCAAACAAAAGCUUUCAUUUGGUUGGAUAGCUCACAAGACUGGACAAUGAUAUAUGCCCAACCGAAAGCUCAGUGCGAUGUCUUUGCAAUCUGUGGACCAUUCACAAUUUGCACGGAUGAUGCGGUUCCACAUUGCAAUUGCAUGGAAGGCUUCACGAUAACAUCCCCCAAGGAUUGGGAUCUAGAAGACCGAGCAAGUGGCUGCUCAAGAAAAACUCCAUUAGACUGCAUUAGCAACAAAAGUAUGUCACGAACCACAGACAAGUUCUACUCCGUGCCAUGUGUUAAGUUACCCCAGAACACCCCAAAAGUACAAGCUGCUGCAAGCGCGAGUGAGUGUGCACAAGUUUGCCUGAACAGUUGCUCUUGCACUGCUUAUUCCUUCAUUGAUGGUGGAUGUUCUAUCUUACAUAAUGAAUUGCUCAACAUAAGAUUUCUACAGUGUAGUAGCACUACCAAUUUCUCCGGAGAAACACUUUACCUCCGCCUUUCUGCUAAAGAUUUCCAACGACUAGAAAACAACAGAAAAAGGAUUGUUAUUGGACUUGCAAUUGGUACAGGCUCUUCCGCCCUAGGUUUAUUUGCAGUCAUUCUCCUAGCACUGAUUUGGAGGAAAAAAAGGAAGAUCUCUGAACGUAUGUUGGAUGGUGUUCAAGGUUGUAAUGGAAUAAUUGCUUUUAGAUACACUUAUUUAAAACGUGCAACAAAUAAGUUCAAAGAUAGGUUGGGGGGAGGCAGUUUUGGUUCUGUAUUCAAGGGGUUUAUAGGAGACUCGACUCCCAUAGCAGUGAAGAGGCUUGAUGGUGCUUAUCAAGGAGAGAAGGAAUUCAGAGCAGAAGUGAGCUCGAUUGGAGCUAUCCAGCACAUCAAUUUAGUUAAGCUUGUUGGUUUUUGUUGUGAGGGUUCCAAGAGGUUGCUUGUUUAUGAACACAUGUCAAAUCGCUCUCUUGAUGUCCAUCUAUUUCCAAACAAUUCAACGACAUUGAGUUGGACUACUAGAUAUCAGAUAGCCCUAGGGGUUGCUAGAGGGUUAGCCUACUUGCACGAGAGCUGUCGAGACUGCAUCAUACACUGCGAUCUUAAGCCAGAAAACAUACUUCUUGAUGAUUCACUCAUUCCCAAAGUUGCAGACUUUGGGAUGGCAAAGCUUUUGGGAAGGGAAUUUAGCCGAGUACUGACUACAAUGAGAGGAACUGCAGGGUACCUUGCACCUGAGUGGAUUAGUGGCGUGGCUAUUUCAGCAAAAGUCGAUGUGUAUAGCUACGGGUUAAUGUUGCUGGAAAUAAUAUCUGGAAAGAGGAACUCAUGUGCACCAUGUUCUAGUGGUGGCAACCUUGAUGUUUAUUUUCCUGUGCAUGCCGCACACAAGCUCCUUGAAGGAGACGUUGGGUGUUUGACAGAUCACAAGCUACAAGGUGAUGUCAAUCUGGUUGAGGUUGAACUGGCUUGCAAGGUUGCAUGUUGGUGCAUUCAAGACAAUGAGCUUGAUCGACCAACAAUGGCACAGGUAGUUCUGAUUCUUGAAGGGAUAGUUGACAUCAGGAUGCCCUCAAUACCAAGACUGCUCGAGGCUAUGACUGGAAGCCCAUAUUCGUGCUCUUAAUCCUUUUGUUUAAGGUAAUCCAGAUGAAUUGCAUGAGAGAGAUGUUAUGAUACAUAUGUAAUGUUCUGUCUAUAUCCAAAAUUAAUAGAUAUAUUUGUGUAUUAUUGAGUACGGGCACGUCAAAUUAUAUAAACAGGUUUAAAAAAACUAUAGGUAAACUAUACAAAUGUAGUGCCUAUGACUGGAGAUGCAGUUGCAUUCCAUAUUAUAAUAAAGUUGUAAUUGUCUGAGUGUACUCAGUACUGUCAUAGAUCAUUGUGUGGACAUGUCGGGCCAUGAAUAUAUAUCUUCUUUUUCUGUUUUCUCUGCUUAAAAAGGCAACACCAAUCUGGGAGUUUUAUCCUUUCUCGGUGAUAGCAAGCUAGCUAGACUGCAGCGAUAUCCGGGAAGGAGAACUGAAGGAGGGACUGCUGGAUUCUGAGAAAGAAGAUGACAACUGAAGAAACAGACGACUUUCUCUACAGCUAACUGAAGAAAAACAGUGCAGAGUAUGCAAAAACAUGAAAGUAGCAGACAUGAAUUUAGUUUUAUUAUAUCCAAACCUGGGCCACGAGUUUUAGCUGUUCAAUUAGGAUUACAUUAACCACUUACUCAGCAAGUGUUCCUUAAGAAGAGGAACUACACAAGAACCAUAGGAUCAUACCCUUUUUUUCAAGAAAACUUCCAAUUCUGUUCAUCGCCUCCCAGCAGUUGAUCGACACAUAGCUCACACUCUGAAGUAACUGAAAAAUGUCUCCGGCUGGUGCGCGGGCUCUCAUCGCUUGGUGAUGCUGGCGAGGGCGGCACAUCUUUCUUUUGCAUG